AGUGCUGCCAAUUAGUGCCACCUAUCAAUGCCAGUCAGUGCCACCUAUCAGUGCUGCCAAUCAGUGCCACCUAUCAAUGCCAGUCAGUGUCACCUAUCAGUGCUACAAAUCAGUGCCACCUAUCAGUGCCAUCAGUACCGCCUAUCAGUGCCCAUCAGUGCUGCCUAUCAGUGCCAUCCAGCAGUGCCAGUCAGUGCCACCUAAUAGUGCCAGUCAGUGACACCUAUCAGUGCCAGUCAGUGUUGCCUAUCAGUGCCACUUAUCAGU